UAUAAAAGGACAAACAAAUAGGUGUAAAUGAAUUGUAACUAAAACCAAAAAGAGAAGAUGGGUACAUACACAGCCAGCCACCGGCUACCCGUAAUAAAAUUUUCCGGCGGGCAAGAAAAUGAUCCGACCACCGGAGCCCUUGUCCGGGCAGCCCUCGAAGAAUACGGUUGCUUCGAGGCGGUGUUCGACCGAGUUCCCGACGAUCUCCGGCGAGCUGCGCUGGAUGGGACAAAGCAGCUCUUCGAUCUCCCGUUGCCGGUAAAGCUACGCAACAGGUCCGACAAGCCUUACCAUGGCUACGUAGGACAAUAUGCGAUGGUCCCGCUGUACGAGAGCUUGGGAAUCCCCGACGCCCUCGCACCCAACGGCAUCAAAAACUUUACAAACCUUUUAUGGCCCGAAGGCCAUCCCGAAUUCAGCGAGAGCAUGCGAUCAUUCUCGGAGCAACUGUCCGAAUUGGACAAGGAAGUAAGGAGAAUGGUCAUCGAGAGCCUCGGGCUGGAGAAGUACACGGACGAGCACUUAAACUCGGCAGAUUAUCUUGUCCGCGUACAAAAGUACGCCGGGCCUCAAAGCCCCGAGACUAAGCUUGGGCUGACAUCCCACACGGACAAGAACAUCGUCACCAUACUCUAUCCCAACGAAGUGCUGGGAUUAGAACUGCUGUCGAAAGAUGGGCAGUGGUUCCCGGCAGAUCCCUCGACGAACUCAUUCAUCGUCAUGAUCGGAGAGUCCCUCCGAGCAUGGACAAAUGGAAGGCUACACGCUCCGCAUCAUCGGGUAAUGAUGACGGGAGACGAGGCAAGAUACUCCAUCGGAUUAUUUUCAGUCCCGAAAAAGGGGUACAUAAUCAAAGCCCCGGAAGAGAUGAUCGAUGACGAACAUCCCUUGCUGUUCAAACCCUACGAUCAUGUCAAGUUUCUCGAAUUUUACUACACCAAAGCCGGACAGGCUUCGCCUAAUGCUCUCAAGGAUUAUUGUGGAGUUAAUUAGCUACUUGAAUUCGAAUUUGAGAAUUUAUCUACUGUACUGUAAUUUCUACCUACAUUAUGUUCAUUGCUCGGAUUUCUCUGUUUGUGAAUUGUGUAUCUUCGUUAAGAACUACUUAUGUUCAUGGAAAUUCAGAGACUUCUGCCAAUUGCGAUAAGGAAUUGAAUGAUUGAACUACUUGAAGAAGAAAUGAAGCAAUAAGAAAGAAUAAAAGAAAAAGUACAAUGAAA